AUGCCCGCCCCGACCCGAGCGGUGGCCGGUGCCGCCGGUGGCUUCUCAUGGCUGCUUGGGCCUCCAACAACACCAUCAUCAACAUCACGAUGCCACUCAACCUUCUCCUCCGUCAACCCCAAUGAAGUCUCCCACUUCACCGCCCUCGCCGCCGAAUGGUGGGAGCCCCACGGCUCCUCCCGCCUGCUGCACCUCAUGAACCCCCUCCGCCACGACCUCAUCCGCUCCUGUCUCCAGGAAUCCUCUCCCUCUCCCUCCACCUCCACCGGCAGCAGCACCGGCACGGGCGUCCCGGACGCCAGCAUCACGUACCUCGACAUCGGCUGCGGCGGCGGCAUCUUCGCCGAGAGCGCCGCCCGACUGCCGUCCACCAAGCACGUCACCGCCAUCGACCCCACGCCGUCCGUCCUCAACAUCGCAAAGGCGCACGCCCGCAAGGACCCUUGCCUGGCCGGCAAGCUGACCUACCAGCUGUCCUCGGUCGAGCAGCUGCCCGUCCCCGCCGAGGGCGCAGGAUACGACGUCGUGACCUUGUUCGAGGUCAUUGAGCACGUCGACAACCCGGCCGCCUUCCUGGACCGCGUGCGGCCGCUGGUGAAGCCGGGCGGGUGGCUUGUCAUGAGCACGAUUGCGCGGACGUGGAUCAGCUGGCUGACGACGAAUCUGAUUGCCGAGGACAUUCUGCGCAUUGUGCCCAAGGGGACGCAUGAUUGGAACAAGUACGUCAAUGAGGAGGAGCUGAGGGGGUUCUUGGCGGGCAAGGGCUGGGACAGCGCAAAGGUCGUGGGGGUUGUGUAUGUGCCUGGGCUGGGAUGGAGGGAGGUCAAGGGGAGCGAGAAGGUGGGCAACUACUUUUUUGCUGUGCGCAAGGUGUGA